CCUUGAUGGAGCGUGUAAAUGGAAAGUUUGCAUUGUGGAAUCAGGAAGUUGAGUAAAACGUCCGUGUCAGAUAGUACUGUAUGCCUGCCGCUGCUGAGGACCUUUAGGCUGUGAACCGCUGUGGAGAUGCGUACUGGACCUCUGAGCCAUGUGGGUGACAGCUGAAUCCAGACCUCUUCUCUGUGGAGGAACUCUGCUCAGAUAGUGGUUGACCUUGGACUCCAGUAGGAAUGUCCUACUGGUCAGUUGGCCUUCCCCAGGAGUCUGGAGACACUGCCAGCAACAUGGAGCAGCAAAGCAGCCCUGGGGUGGAAAUGGGAGCCAAGGCAUCACUGGUAGAGGAUCAGGGGCCCGCCUCUGCACUGGUUUGUUCUCCCACUCUGGAGAACAUCCAGGCAGCGUAUGAGGAUGGAGCGGAGGAGUCUGCCAGGGAGCUCAUCCAACAAGCCUGCUGCUUGGAGUGCAGCGCGGGAGCUCCCCCUAUCGACGGGGUACGUCUCCUGUGUAUAGCCACUCAGCAUGGUGAUCUGCAGAGUCUGCAGUACCUCCUAAAAGAAGCACGUAUCCCUGUGCCCCAGGAGCCAUCCAACAGCAACCCAGCCAUCCUGGCAGCAUACUAUGGCCACACAAGCCUGGUUAAAGAGAUGCUGGAUUCUAUACCUGGUCCAUGUCUGAGGAGAGACUUGCUGAACAGGAUGCUGGCCACGUCUUGCCAGCAGAGUCACCUGGACGUAGUCCGGCUGCUGGUCCACGGCUAUGAUGCUGAUGCUAAGGACUGUGCCUUCCUCAGUGAUGAGUUUGCUGUCAUCACUGGGCUGCCACUGUAUGCUGCUGCGCGAGCAGGGAACGAGGAGAUAGCUCACUUCCUACUGCAGAAUGGAGCAGGAUUCUCCUCAUACACUCUGAUGGACCAUCCAGCCUUCAGCAAACACCUGCUCAGACUUAAACUCCAGGAAACCUCCAGCGCAGAAGGAGAGAAGCAGGCUGUCAGUGUAUGUUGGAGUGGUCUGCAGCUGCCCUGGCUGGAGCUGGAUUGGUUCAUGGAUGUCUCCUCACGUAUCAACCACCUGGAUCUGUCGUCCAACAACCUGGCUGCUCUUCCCUCUGUCGUGCCCUGGGGUCUCAUCCACCUGCAGACCCUAGAUCUUUCUAACAACCUGCUAAAAGAGCUGCCCGCUUCUCACAAUUCCCAAGAGGUCAUCUGCUCCAGUUUAAAGCAGGUAAAUCUGUCUGAGAACCAGCUCACCAGUUUGCCACCGGGAUUUCUCCAUCUGACCAACAUCCGGAGACUUUCUGCUGCCAAGAACCAGCUCACAAUCCUAUUUAACAUCCCUACCACCACUAACUGGAUCGGCCUUCGUAAGCUGGAGGAGCUGGAUGUGUCUGAUAACUGUCUGACCAGUCUGCCUACCGCUGUCCUGCACUGCUUGAAAUCCCUCAGAUUCCUCAAUGUGUGCAGGAACAAGCUGAGCACCUUCCCUGACCCCUGGGCAUGUCCACUGAAGCAAUGUAAAGCUUCCUCCAAUAUGAUUGAGAGUCUUCCAAACACCAUCUCUAUCUUCUGGAGGUCUCAGCUGCAGGAGGUGGACUUCUCUGACAACAGCCUGGAGGAGUUGCCCUCCUAUAUCUUUGAACUGGAGGCUCUGGUCUCGCUGAGAUUAUGUGGGAAUCACAUUGCGACACUCCCAGCCCCCAUUAAGUGGAAGUGCUCUCAGCUCCGGACCCUCGAUCUUUCCAGGAAUCAGCUGGGCAAAACAGAGGAGGGGCCCAAAUCCAGGAGGCUGGCCUUCCUGACUACAUGGAACAGGAGGGACCCAGACCCAGUGUGUCCGAUAGAGUUUCCCAUGAUUCUGCGUGAUUCACUGGAAGUGCUUUUCUUGAACGACAACCAGCUGGAGUGUGUUCCCCAAUCCGUGUGUGGUCUGCACAGCCUCACUGAGCUCUACCUCUCCAAUAAUCCUGGAAUCCGGGAGCUUCCCGCAGAGCUUGGUCAGCUCUCCAACCUGUGGCAGCUGGACAUUGAAGAUCUCAACAUUACUAAUGUCCCCAGGGAAAUAAGACAAGAAGGUCCUGCGUCUGUCCUGACUUUCCUCCGGGCACACCUUCGAAGGGCAGAGCCUUUUAAACUGCUGAAGAUGCUUGUGAUUGGUCCACCGAGGCAGGGGAAGACAACCCUUCUAGAGGCUCUGCAGACAGGCAGGGCAUCCCCCUUCACCCCAGCAGAAUGCAGCAUCUCCACCUCCACCUGGGAGCUGGACAAACCCAACAGAGGCAAAAAUAGCAAGGACUCUGUGGCUUUCAACGUGUGGGACAUCGGCGGUCAGGCCAGCAUGUCCACAGUGAACCAGUGUUUCUUCACUGAUAAGGCCCUGUACAUGGUGAUCUGGAACCUGGCUCUGGGAGAGGAGGCUGUGGCCAGCCUGCAGACAUGGCUGCUCAACAUAGAGGCACGAGCACCCAACUCUGCAGUGGUGGUUGUGGGAACACACUUGGAUCUCAUUAACACCAAAUUUCGCACUGAGAGGCUGGCCACGCUAAAAGCUUAUAUUCUGGCUCUUUGCCGAUCCCCGUCAGGGGCUCGAGCCAGCGGCUACCCUGAUAUAACCUGGAAACACCUGCAUGAAGUGUCCUGUAAAACCCUGGAGGGUUUGGAUGGGCUGAAGAAGCUGAUCUACCAGGUGGCUCUCUCCAUGAAGGACGGCAGCAGCACAGCCUGUGGGGGGAAGCUGCUGGGCAGACUGAUCCCCAAGAGCUACCUGACGCUACAGGAAGCAGUGGUAGCAGAGAAGCAGAGGAGAAAUGCUGAGGGAGAGGUCCAAUACCUAACUGAUGCCCAACUGGACCGUCUCAUUGAACAAAACCCAGGAAGUGACAUCAGGGACUAUGAGGACCUGCAGACCGAAUGCCUGGAGAGGAUCAUGCACCUUAAGUCCUCUCGCUCAGUAGCCAGGAAUGGAGUGAUCCGAGCUGAAGACCUCAGGAUGCUGUUAGUAGGAACAGGGUUCACCCAGCAGACAGAGGAACAGUAUUUCCAGUUUCUAGCCAAGUUUGAGAUUGCGCUUCCUGUGGGCAACAAAAGCUAUCUGCUGCCCCACCUCCUUCCCCCCAAGCCAGCCAUGGACAUCCAUGGCUUCCGCCAGCAGACCAGCAACACUCUACAGCGCCUCGUUAAGAUGAGCUUUGUUCCUGCUGGUUUUUGGGAGCGCUUCAUUGCCAGGAUGCUCAUCAGCCUCACAGAGAUGGACCUGCAGUCAUUUGAGCCCAAACGAAACAGCAGGGGCCGGCACAGCAGGAACUCUGUGAUCUACAGCUUUGCUGGCAGCCAGCAGAGGAAUCGUUGCAGCACCUUUAGGGUCAGACGAAGCCAGACAAUCUACUGGAAGGAGGGGCUGCUGGUCACUUUCGAUGGAGGAUAUCUCAGCGUGGAGUCAUCAGAUGUCAACUGGAAGAGGAGGAAGAGCGGAGGCAUAAAGAUAAUCUGCCAGUCGGAGAUGAGAGAUUUCUCUGCCAUGGCCUUCAUCACAGACCACGUCAACUCUCUGAUUGAGCAGUGGUUCCCUGCUUUGACGGCCAGUGAGAGCGAUGGGAGUCUUCUCAUAGAGCAGUACGCCCCCUGUCCCCUCUGUUCCUCACUGGGCCAACAGGAGCAGGCAGAGCCCCUAGAUGGCCGGUCAGGAAAGGUCAAAGAGGGAGGAGGAUGUGGGGUAGAUGACGGAGGAGGAGGAGAUGCAGGGGUUCAUUACUUUAACAUGGAGGACUGUGUGCUGGCUGCAGUGGAGAAGGAGUACAUCAUCUGUCCUCGGCACCCUGACCACCCAGUCACCCUCCAAGAGCUGGUCCCAGAACUCUUCAUGACUGACUUCCCUGCACGGCUCUUUUUGGAGAGGGCCCGGCUGGAGUUCUCUGAGGAGGAGGGUAACAUCCUUGGCCAAGGUGGCAGUGGGACCAUCAUCUACCGAGCUCGAUACUGUGACCAGCUGGUGGCCAUCAAACGCUUCCACUUGAAGAAGUGUCGUCAGCAGACCAUCAGCAGCAACACAGACACCAUGGUGAAACACCUGCAGUCUGCAGAUGCCUGUCGGAGCUUCUCUGAAUAUCGCCAGGAGGCCAGUAUGUUGCACUCUUUGCAGCAUCCUUGUAUUGUUUCUCUGGUGGGCAUCAGCAUCCAUCCCCUCUGCUUCGCCCUGCAGUUAGCCCCCCUGGGCAGCCUCAACACUGUUCUGGAGGAGAGGCGCAAAGGCUCCAGGUAUAUGCCCCUUGGUCACAUGCUAACGUUCAAAGUAGCCUAUCAGAUUGCAGUGGGUCUGGCUUACCUUCACAGGAAGAGCAUCAUCUUCUGUGAUCUCAAAUCUGAUAACAUUCUGGUGUGGUCUCUGGAGGUGCGGGAUCCAGUCAACAUUAAACUGUCUGACUAUGGCAUUUCUCGACAAUCCUUCCAUGAGGGAGCAUUGGGGGUUGAGGGCACACCCGGUUACCAGGCUCCCGAGGUCCGACCAGGCAUCGUGUAUGAUGAGAAGGUGGACAUGUUCUCCUAUGGCAUGGUCCUGUAUGAGCUGCUGUCUGGGCGGAGGCCAUCACUGGGAUACCACCAGCUUCAGAUAGUGAAGAAGCUCUCCAAAGGCAUCCGGCCAGUGCUAGGCAGUCCAGAAGAGGUUCAGUUCUACUGCCUCCAUAGCCUGCUGACUGAAUGCUGGGACACCAAGCCCGAGAAGAGGCCAGUGGCCAUGCAGUGCGUGAGGCAGAUGCAGGAGCCCAGCUUCCCCUGCCUCCAGUAUGUGUUAUCUUGUGACAGCCACUCGCAGCUCUUCCUGUCCCAGCAGCAGGGAUACAGCGCUGUGUUCUGGAACGGAGACAAGGACGACAGGAACUACAGUGUGGUGAAUGUGGAGAAGGGCCAGGUUGAGGUGAAGAGGAUGUCCUGUCCAGGCAGCAGGAUUAGCUGUCAGAUGAAGAUGGGUAACACUCUGUGGAUGGCCACUGAGGAUCAGGAGGUCUUCAUCUACAGCUUGAAGGACAUGUGCCCACUCAGUCAACCCCAGAAACAGUUCUCCUGUCCGGCCAUCAUCACCUGCCUGUUCCCUGUUCCAGCAAGAGAACCGAGCCUGGCCAGAAUGUUUGCUGGGAUGUCUGACGGCCUGGUGGCAGUGUACAGCUUGGUGGAAGACCUUCCUCUGGAGGGGGAGACCUACCUGUGUUCACACACCCUCAACAAGACAGUGUUUGGCCUGAAGGACUCAGAUCCCAGGCAGAGACCCUACCCCGUCAGGAGCAUGGCACUGGUCAGCAGUGGCUCCCAGAGCUAUAGCGAAUGGUUCAAUCGCUAG